AUGGAGUCAGCAGAAACAGACGGAUGGCCGGAGCCUGCCUCUGACGGGGGCAGAGAAUCCGGUAGCGGAGUGCCGAGGAAGUCUCCAUUCGAACUCUCUGUGUGCAGUGACCCCUUUCAUGACCGAGCGGACAGACUAGAAGACGCUGAAAAUCAGGAUGCUUGUAACCAAUCCCCAGACAACGCCCAACAAGGCGUGCGCUCCGGGUUAAUAUUUUCACCUCGUGAAACGAGUACAAUCAUCGAGGCCACUGAAGUACAAACGAUAGGAAAGCAGCCGAGGUACGAUUGA